UGCUGAAGUAAUAAAACAUUCACGCCAUGACGCUGGUGACGGGCAGUUGGCUGUUGGACGCUGCAUUGCCGUUGCUGUUGGUACCCCUGCUUUACUGGUACGCGACGCGCAACUUCGACUACUGGAAGAAGCUGGGAAUCCCCUACAUGAAGCCCAUACCUUACGUUGGCAACAUGGGCAGCGUUGUGAUCGGCCAGAAGCACAUGGGGGAACCAGCCUUCGAAUGCUACCGCAAGGCUGGAGACGCUCCCUUCAUGGGCAUGUUCGCCUUCGACAAGCCCAUCCUCUUAGUGAAGGACCCCGCUCUCAUAGGACGCAUCAUGAGCACCGACUUCUCCACGUUCUACGCAACCAACGCUAAGAUCGACCCAGUAACUGACCCGGUCAUUGCCACAUCUCUUUUUGGCCAACAUGGCGCUGGAUGGAGGAAACUACGUACUGUACUAUCCCCAGCAUUCACUUCUGGCAAGAUGAAGCUCAUGUUUCACCUUGUGAACGAAACUGGGCAGAAACUAGCCCAUCACCUUGAGUCCGCAGCGUCAGAAGGUUUGGUCUUUUUGUGUUCAAACGAACUAACAAAGAUAUUUCUAAGAGAAAGACAAAAAAUAUUUUUGGCCAGUGUUCACUCCACUAAUGUAACGAAGUGA